CAAAACCUGGCAGCUAUGUAUGGAGGCAGGUCCAGCUCUUCAAGAGGAGGGAAGUCAAGAAACAAAGAGGAAGAGGUUUAUCUGGCAAGACUGAGACAAAUAAGACUACAGAAUUUCAAUGAGCGCCAACAGAUAAAAGCCAAACUUCGUGGUGAAAAGAAAGAAGCUGAUAGUUCUGAGGGACAAGAAGGAAGUGAAGAGGCUGACAUGAGGCGUAAAAAAAUUGAAUCACUUAAGGCCCCAACAAAUGCACGUGCUGCUGUACUGAAAGAACAACUGGAGCGAAAGAGAAAGGAAGCAUAUGAAAGGGAAAAGAAAGUGUGGGAAGAACAUGACAGAAGUUUAACCGAUGUCCAGGAAAACUCAGAAGAAAUGCAAAAGACCAACAACGGUAUUUCAAGUAAGCGAGAAAUACUACGUAGAUUAAAUGAAAAUCUUAAAGCUCAAGAAGAUGAAAAAGAAAAGCAGAACCACUCUGAUACUUUUGAGAUAAUUAUUCAUGAAGAUGCCAAAGAACAUGAAAAAGAAAAACCAGUUUCAUCUGAUCGCAAGAAGUGGGAGGCAGGAGGUGAACUUGUUAUUCCUCUGGAUGAAUUAACAUUGGAUACAUCCUUCUCUGCAACUGAAAAACAUACAGUGGGAGAGGUUAUUAAAUUAAAUCCUAGUGGAUCUCCAAGAAAAGUCUGGGGGAAAAGCCCUACAGAUUCUGUUCUAAAGAUACUUGGAGAAGCUGAACUACAACUUCAGACAGAACUAUUGGAAAACACAACUACUAGGACUGAGAUUUCUCCUGAAGGGGAAGAGUACAAACCCUUAAUUAUUGGAGAAGAAAACGUACAAAGUAUUUCACGUGAAAUAAACCCAUCAGCUAUUGUUGGUUCUCCUGUUGAGACAAAAAGCUCAAAGUUUAAUGAGGCACAUCUACAGAUGUCAUUGAAACCUGAAGGAAAUUUGGAAGAACCUGAUGACUUGGAAACAGAAAUUCUACAAGAGCCAAGUGGAACAAACAAAGAUGGAAGCUUGCCAUGUACUAUUACUGAUGUGUGGAUUAGCGAGGAAAAAGAAACAAAGGAAACUGC